CAUCCAAGUCAUCUUCUGGUGGAUUCCAUGCAUCCUCUUCGUCCUCCUCGACUCCAUCGCACCGUCCUUUUCCUCAAAACACAAAAUCCAGCCCGCGCCCAAGCAGCCCACGUCAAGCGAAAUCUUGCACUCCAUGGUCAUCUGCAUCCGCAACCAGGCCAUCGUCUUCGCCCUCCACGGCGCCCUCCUCUACGCAACUUUCGCAAAGGGCCUGCCCCCCAGCAUCAGAGUCGACGCAAAACUCCCCUCGCUAGAAGAAUUCGUACGAGACCUCUUCUUCAGCGUGCUGUCCCGCGAGGCCCUCUUCUACAGCUCCCACCGGAUCCUCCAUCUGCGCCCGCUGUAUAGACGCUUUCACAAGCAGCACCACAAGUUCACGGCCCCCGUCGCGUUUUCGUCGCAGUAUGCCCACCCGGUGGAGCACAUCUCGGCCAACGUGCUGCCCAUUUUGCUGCCGCCGCUGCUGCUAAAGUCGCAUAUUCUCACCAUGUGGGUGUUUGUGGCCUUUCAGCUCAUCGAGACUUCGACGGUGCAUAGCGGGUAUGAUUUCUUUGGGGGAGCGGCCAAGAAGCAUGACCGGCAUCAUGAGAGGUUUGACGUGUACUUUGGGGGUAUCGGGCUUUUGGAUUAUGUUCUUGGGACUGAUGAACGAGAAGAUAGGAGGAGAGGUAAGAAGGAUUAGAAGCGACAAGUUGAACUUUUAGAUAAUAUUGCCCGUGUUAAAAGUCCAACGACUUAAUCAACGUUGUGAUUUUGCGUUUUUGUGAUCUAAUGCACCACUUUAUGAAUCAUUCAAUUGCCUAAACCUUCGUGGUCUCUGUUGUAAGCUCAUUUCUGUCUGUGUCCCAUCCCAUCCAUAAUCUCGUUGUUCCCAAAUCUAUCGGCCGGCCAAUAUGCAAGGGUAUCCAUCCAAAAACAAAAGGUCUCCGCCCCGACAAGCAAAGAGAGCUGAUAUAAACAAAAGCUAAUGAUUUCAUUCCUAGAAUUCGUAGCUCGUAUUUUCCAUUUUUUUUUUAUAAUGCCAUCCAUGCCGAAGACCGAACAUACGCCGCCGCCGUUUAAGGUUGUUCGGUCAAAACACCGCCCAAUUGAUAUAAGAAAUAGUAAAAUAGUGAAGAAGAAAGAUAAAAAUAAAUAAAUAGAUCGAAGCGAGGCCUCUGUCAAUCUCCAUCCACACGACGUUGGUGAUAGAACCACAUUGGUACAGCAUCUGCAGUAUAUCAAUCCCAAACAAUAUAUGAUAAUAUCCCAGACAAUAAAUAAAAUGAUGUGAAAAAAAGAAAAAUAUGGGAGAGGGCAGGGACUUGGGUAAAAAUUAAUCCGAGAAAAAAAAAAGGAGAAAAGGUAACGGAAAAUGGAAAUAAUAAUGAUAACGUGGUAAAAACAGGUUUUCAGAGCAAACCGCUAGAACUUGAUGCGCCAAAAUGAUACUUGAGCACUCUAUUCGCUUCAGAAAUGCUAAUGUCUUCCACAUCCAUGGCGACUUCUGCCAAGAACUGGGAAGGACUGCCAGGCAAGGGGGCGCACUGAUCGAACAAAAAGUGUUUGGAGUCAAAAGAGUCGUAUUCAAGGUCCUGGAUCUCUGGUGUCGACUCAAGAUAACUCAUAUCCGUUGGGGACUGAAGGGCAGAGAGAUAAUGAGGCACGG